UUACCGGUGAACCGCAGAACCAGUCCUCAGUCCUCGUCCAUACAAGUGGGACCGUUAUAUAAUGGUCGACUUUGGGAGAGUGGAGAAGGUGCGCAGCGUUCAGAAUGACUCAGUCCCCGCAAGUGGCAGUGGUCCAAUUCUCGAUCUACAAUCGACGAUGGAAACACAACGAUUGCAUUCGAGCCGACGUCUGGUCGAAAUCUGAAGUCUGAGGGAAUCAAAUCUAUAAACUGACUCCGCUCCUGCGAUAUUUCAGUGAAGGAGAGGAUUAUUUAAGGCCCGUGUGACGAAAACAUCAGUUUGCAAGAGCGUUCAAAGGGUUAGUGCAUUUGCGUCGUCAGGAUGGAAGUCUGCCAAGAACAGCGCAUCGCAUUUGCUCAAGCUUCGCGGAACAUGCCGGCUGAGUCCUGGUGGUCUCCGCUGCAUCCACAAUGAGCGCUCUGCUUGCGGAUGGAGUGUCGUGGGGAAAGCAGACUGGUCUACUUCACGGUGGAGCGGAGCGACCACUGCGAGGCGGCCCUCUUCCGCACAGACACUCCCGCGGACGAGGUCAAAGAGCUGUUCCGAGCGGCAGCAGAGGCAGGGCCCGGGGACGUCCUGAAGUUGUACACCGCGGACGGGCGUCUGGUCAACAUCUCACCCUCCAUACCGUCCAACACCCCAGACACGUGCUACAACUUGCAGGUCGUGGCGGCCCACUGCAACGGCAUGCUUCUGGACGAGGUGGGAAUUGAUCUCCUGGCACUGGAACAGAGGGUCGCGCGGUUGGAGAAGCAAAUUAGGAUGGAGUUUGAGGAGCUUCCACCCGUGGUACAGGACUUGAAGCACCAAGUGGACAGCUUCCGGAAGAAACUGGAGACAACAGAACACCUCAGCUGGCUGGGGUUCUACAAAGAGCUUCCACCCCCGCUAUCAACCGAGGCUUGCAGGAGGCUGCAGUAUCGACGUAAGAGUGAAGAAGAAAAACGUCGUGUGAGGGACAAGUUCUUCAGCAUCUGUGACGUGGCAGUGUCGGAGGAGGUGCGCCAUUACCUGCGUCAGCCCACGUUCGACUGCCACCAGUGGGAGGAUGAGGAGAUCCUCUUGCUGCUGCAACAGAUGUACGUGGACCUGGACCUCACAACAAAGUUUGGCAUUGAGUUGCCAACUCUGCGCAGUUUCCUCUAUGAGGUCUACAAGAAUUACAAUGAGGUGCCCUUCCAUAACUUCAGACACUGCUUCUGUGUGGCGCAGAUGAUGUACUCCAUGGUGUGGUGCGUGAAAUUGCCCAGUAAGAUCGGGGACCUGGAGACACUGAUCUUGCUGACUUCCUGCAUCUGCCAUGACCUGGACCACCCUGGCUACAACAAUAUCUAUCAGAGACAACAGAAAAAAUCCAUCAAGAGGUCACCUCAACUGACGGUAGUCGAAACUGAGGCGAGGGCGUUUGGUCCAGUUACUUUUGUUAUGAGCUUGAAGUUUCUUGUUGCUUUUCAGGAGUUCUUCAAGCAGAGUGAUGCGGAGAAACUGGAGGGACUGCCUGUCACCCCCUUCAUGGACCGUGAGAAGAUCACCAAGCCAUCUUCUCAAUGCAGCUUCAUUGGAUUCGUGUUACUGCCUCUGUUUGAGGCUCUAGGAGAGCUUUUCACUGAGCUGCAGGAUCUGAUAGUGCAGCCCGUGCGGGAUGCAUUGGAUCACUAUCGACGGCUAAACGAGGCAGCAAAGGACGAACGUCUUCAUCGG